GACUUUUUAACGCACACUCUCUUUCUCUCUCUAUAAACAUUACAUACACAUUGUAUAUAUAUUUAUAUAUCGCUUUCUGGGUUAUUUCGUAAAUUAAAGAUUACUGUCCUCUUUAAUCCUCUCUCAACCUCCCUCAUAUCAUACACAUACCAUUUCAAUCCUCAUCUAUACAUCAAACCCCACUGCCCCCUCUCUCUCUUCCUUCCAUUGUUCACUGAGUUGUCGUCUCUCAUUCUCUCUCUCUUAGCUCUUUUUUAGAGAGAGAAACAAGAUUCGUGAAGAGAGGUGUUGAUUUGAGGAUCAUUUCUCAAAGGUUCUAACGCUAUAUGUUGUUUGUUUUUUUAGGUCUUGAAGGUAGAUCCAUCGAUUAUUCAUCUGCUAUCAUUUCGCUGAGUUCGUGUUUGUACCGAUUCUUGUUUGAAAGAUCUGCCAAGGAGUCCCAUAUGUGAUAUACGAUUUGUGUUGGAAUACCUUUGGAACCCGUCUAAUCUUUUAACGAAGUGCACCAUAGCCUGAUGCAAGGGCAGAGGAGUUCUAUGGGUUCCUUACCUGAGACCUUAAGAUUUGAUCAUGGAUCUACAUCAAGUAAUGCAGGUGUAGAUCAGCAGAUUUGCUGGAAUAAUACGCAAAAUUCUUCAAAUAACUGUCAACCAGAUUAUGUAAUAUCACCCAGUGACCCAAGUAUUACGUAUCUGAAUUCUAUGAGUCAAGAAGGGCAGAAUACAAGUGGAUGGAAUUUAGGUGAGCCCAGUUCUAGCGGUGCACAAAACCAGGUCAGUCUUAGUGAAGGAAAAACAGAACAUGGAUGGUCAUCUUCAAUGAGUGCUUUUACUGGGCCUGGUCCUAUCUUGGAAGAACAAUUAUAUGAACCAGCGAAUAUUCUUUCACUGAACAAUGUUAAUGUAAACCUUAGUAGCAAUCAGAUUGCUAAUGGUUCUUUGUUUAUGCAAAGUUCUAAUUCUAGUGCUAUUCCUCAGGAUCUUAACAUAAAUGCAGGAUUUGUAGAUCGUGGUGUUCAUGAUUGCCAAGUCACCGAAUGUCCUAAUAUGUACAAGUCUGGUGGUUCAGAAAAUGCGCAAUUUUCAUUGGCCAGUAGUUCUUCUAAUCCUUUUGGCAUGCCCUCUGGAAGUAAUGGAUUUUUGGUGGAAGAAAAUGAUGGUAGGCGAGACUUCUCAAUGGAGGGUCGCCGCUUAUCCUGUAAAAGAAAGGCUUUUGAUGGAAAUGUUGGACAAUCUUCUAUGAGUGGAAGUUCGAGAUACACUCAGUAUCCUGAAAGUAACGCAUGGCAAGCUGUUCCUGCGCACUAUAAUGCUUGCAGCAGCUUAGGUAUAUCUACACCGUCACCAUCAGAACACAAUCUUGGUGUUAGUGCUUCAGAGCAGGUGAACGCAAGAAUUGGCCUGGGUUUGGGUGGAGCUUCUUUAGAAUGCCCUCUUGCCUUAAAUGUGGUGGGAAGUGCAGAAAGGACUCGGAGGAAUUUUCGUGUUAGAAUAAAUCCUUCACAUCAACAAGAAUCUCAAUCUGCUAAUGUAAUUUCAGCUGGGAGUGUAGUUGGGCAUUCCAGUUUUUCAUCACCCCAUCAGCCAUCGAGAUUUCUUCCCCUUGAAAAUUCUUUGGACUUGGGUUCAGCGCCAGCAGCAGACAAUGCAAGUCCUCAAAGGCAGUCUGUUGCUGUGCAGGUUCCUGCUUUGCCACGAAAUCUACAAUUAUCUAGGUGGACUGGAGGUUCCAGCUCAAGACCUGGCAAUAUAUCAGGUUCUGUAAUUGGUGGAGAGGUAGAUUUUGCGCCCCAUGGGGAAUCCAACUCAAUAAGCACCCCAAGAAACAUUCCAGAACAUCCUUUGUUUGUAGCUGCUGACGAGUUCAGAAAUUCUGUUCAAAAUCCAACAAAUUGGAGUUUACCUGGUGGAAAUAUGAGUAUUGCUGCUAAUGUUGCUAGUCCUUCUCGAACUGGCUCAAAUUCAGCUGCCCUUCCAUCAUCUGCACCUAAUUGGGUUCACAAUCGCAAUCCUCCACAAUAUGCGCGGAGAUUAUCAGAAUUAGUCCGCCGAUCACUACUGUCUUCUGAGGCUGGAGGUCGGAGCAAUAACAAUUCUCCACUACAUCCAGGUCCUUCUUCCUCGCAGGAAGUUGGACUUUCAUCUGGAACUGGUAACCAUGGGCAUCAUCUGUCACGCACAAGGUCAGCAAUGUUGUUGGAGAGACAGCUUGAUGUUACUUCUGGAAUCCCCUACUCCUUACGAACUUUGGCUGCUGCAAGUGAAGGAAGAAGCAGGCUUGUAUCCGAGAUUCGGAAUGCCCUUGGUCUGAUGCGUCGGGGUGAGGGCUUGCGGUUAGAGGAUGUUAUGAUUCUUGAUCAGUCGGUCUUUUCUGGGGUGGCCAAUAUUCACGACCGUUAUAGGGAUAUGCGGCUCGAUGUUGAUAACAUGUCUUAUGAGGAGUUAUUGGCGCUUGAAGAACGUAUUGGUUAUGUUAGCACUGGGUUGAAUGAGGAGACCGUUCUUAAUAAUCUGAAGCAGCGGAAGUAUUUAUCCAUUGCAAUAGGAGCUCAGCAGGAGGUGGAACCAUGCUGUAUAUGUCGGGAGGAAUAUAAAGAUGGAGAGGAUCUUGGAACACUUGAAUGUGGGCAUGAAUUCCACACUCACUGUAUUAAACAAUGGCUAAUGCACAAAAAUUUGUGUCCCAUUUGUAAAACGACGGCCGUGGGUACCUGAGAGGAGAACAAAAUUUCCGGGCUAUUACUUCCUCCCUGGAUUAGAUAGAAGUGGGUGGGAUCUAAAUUUGUUAUUCUGCCAAAAGUAUGGUCACUGAAUAAUACAUUUGGUGGAUGGCAAUUUUCUCUCCAUAGCACAACUGCUUACAACUCCAUGGAAGAUCCAUUCUAUCUUCUGUUUUUCUUAAUUUUACUGUAAUCUCCUCGUGGGGACUGAAUGAUCCAAGAAGCAGAAGUAAUUUAACUUCUCACUCGUUUAAUUACUGCACACGUUAUUGGUAUUUUAGUUUUUCUUUUCUCAAA